CAUCGUCGGAAACUUUGCUGGAGCACUUCUGGGGGCAUCGAUGGGGUUGGAGGAAGGACCAAUGUUCUUCUUCGCCGUAGGGUUGGCUUAUUAUUUGGUCUUGUUUGUGACUCUCUAUCAGAGACUUCCCACAAACGAAACGUUACCUAAAGAGCUACACCCUGUCUUUUUCCUCUUUGUGGCUGCACCGGCUAUCGCUUCCAUGGCUUGGACCCAGCUUUACGGCUCUUUUGAUAUUGGUUCACGCCUUUACUUCUUCAUCUCCUUGUUCUUGUACUUCUCUCUGGUUGUUCGGAUAAACUUCUUCCGUGGAUUCAAGUAAGCUGUUUAUAAAUGAUUAGCAUAGUCUAGAGACCAAAUUAAUUAUAUGUUAUC